AUGGCUGUUAGCGGCCAGCACCCGGGCCGCGGCGUGGCCACCGUCUGCGGGGGAGUCUGCGGAAGGUCCUCCGCGGGGAGAGCAGGGGGCGGCAGGCGCUUCCCGGGGCUGACAGGGCGGGGCCUUCCCGGGGAGGGGGGGGCGGUGCGAGCUGGACCCGGCGGACGAGCUCUCAGGGGGCUGUGCCCCGCGCAGUCCCACUGUCACCGCUGGACCGCGGCCCCCACAGGGUCUCCCUCCGGGGUGGCGGCCAACGCCGGCCUGCCUGCCGGCUCUGCGCGAGGUGGCGGGUGCUCAGGGGUGCGGGUGCUGGGGGUGCGGGCGCUCAGGGGUGCGGGCGCUCAGGGUGCGGGCCCUCAGGGGUGCGGGUGCUGGGGGUGCGGGUGCUCAGGGGUGCGGGCGCUGGGGGUGCGGGUGCUGGGGGGAGCGGGCGCUGGGGUGCGUGUGCUGGGGGUGCGGGCGCUCAGGGGUGCGGGGCGCUCAGGGGUGCGGGCGCUCAGGGUGCGGGCCCUCAGGGGUGCGGGUGCUGGGGGUGCGGGCGCUCAGGGGUGCGUGUGCUGGGGGUGCGGGCGCUCAGGGGUGCGGGUGCUGGGGGUGCGGGCGCUCAGGGGUGCGGGCGCUCAGGGUGCGGGCCCUCAGGGGUGCGGGUGCUGGGGGUGCGGGUGCUCAGGGGUGCGGGCGCUGGGGGUGCGGGUGCUGGGGGGAGCGGGCGCUGGGGUGCGUGUGCUGGGGGUGCGGGCGCUCAGGGGUGCGGGCGCUCAGGGGUGCGGGCGCUCAGGGUGCGGGCCCUCAGGGGUGCGGGUGCUGGGGGUGCGGGCGCUCAGGGGGGUGCGGGUGCUGGGGGUGCGGGUGCUGGGGGGAGCGGGCGCUGGGGUGCGUGUGCUGGGGGUGCGGGCGCUCAGGGGUGCGGGCGCUCAGGGUGCGGGCCCUCAGGGGUGCGUGUGCUGGGGGGGCGGGUGCUCAGGGGUGCGGGUGCUGGGGGUGCGGGUGCUGGGGGGAGCGGGCGCUGGGGUGCGUGUGCUGGGGGUGCGGGCGCUCAGGGGUGCGGGCGCUCAGGGUGCGGGCCCUCAGGGGUGCGGGUGCUGGGGGUGCGGGUGCUCAGGGGUGCGUGUGCUGGGGGUGCGGGCGCUCAGGGGUGCGGGUGCUGGGGGGAGUGGGCGCUGGGGUGCGUGUGCUGGGGGUGCGGGCGCUCAGGGGUGCGGGCGCUCAGGGUGCGGGCCCUCAGGGGUGCGGGUGCUGGUGGGGGCGGGUGUUCAGGGGGCGGGUGCUCAGGGGGCGGGCGCAGGGGGGGCGGGCGUAGGGGGUGCGGGUGCUCGGGGGUGCGGGCGCUCGGGGGUGCGGGUGCUGGGGGUGCGGGCGCUCCGGGUGCGGGUGCUCAGGGGGCGGGCGCUCAGGGGUGCGGGUGCUGGGGGUGCGGGUGCUGGGGGUGCGGGUGCUGGGGGUGCGGGCGCUCAGGGUGCGGGUGCUCAGGGGGCCGGUGCAGGGGGGGCGGGCGUAGGGGUGCGGGUGCUCGGGGGUGCGGACGCUCAGGGGGCGGGCGCGGGGGGCGGGUGCUCAGGGGGCGGGCGCUGGGUGCGGGUGCUGGGGGGCGGGCUCGGGCGCCGCUGCCGCUGGGCUUACCUGAGGCCGCAGAGUCUCCAGGACGCGGAGGCGCCGCCCGGCGUGUCACCCGGAGGCGGGAGCCCGGGCCCCCGGAGCGUCGCGGCCGCAGGUGCGGGGCGGGGACGCGGAGAGGCGGAGGCCGAGGCCGAGCGCGCCCCCUGCUGGCCAGGCCGCCCGCGCGCCAGCCUCGGGUCUCGGGUCCACACCGCCUGCCGCCCGCAGCUCCGGGGGUUUCAGCAACCCUGCGGGCAAUGCGGUUCAGGGUUCCUGGCGCGGCUCCUCUCCCCUGAUUUUGGAGUUUGUGCCGAUGAUUUAAGGAUCCUUCCCGGGACGCCUGGGGCCCAGCGGUUAAAGCGUCUGCCGUCCGCUCCGGUCGUGAUCCCGGGCGAGGACCGAGAAGGCCCUGUGCUGCCGCAGCAUCCAAAUGGUCCACGGCAUCCAAAUACUGUGUUGGACUCCCUUCCCCAUUCUGCAUGCAAACCUGUCAAAGUGUUGCCCAAAUAA